AUGACGCCUCGCCAAGGUGAGUGCUUCACCGAGUUCUUGUUGCGUCUAAGACAACAAGCCAGCAAGUGCUCGUUCGGAACAACCAAGAUUGAAAUCCAGGAGAUCUGCAUUGCGGAUAAAAUAAUUGAUGCCUGGGCUAAGGCCACGUUUAAAAAGAAGCUACUGGAAUCGGAGCUGAAGCUGGAGGAGAUAAUAAAUAUGUGCACCAUUGAAGAACAAGUGAACCAGCAGUCAGAGGCAAUGCUGAUCCAGCCGGAUACCAAGAUUGUAAAGAAAAUCGCGGUUCAGUCAAGGAGACAAGACAAAAGGCAGCGUAGCACACCAUAUGAGUAUCAACGCAAGCGACCGCGAACCUCGCAGUCCCACGUGCACGCCAUCGAUGAGGAAGAGACUAAAAGUCAGGGCGGCCAGGGUUGGUCAAACUGUUUUAAAGUGAUUAGCGAGCCAGGAGGAGAAGAAACCGUGUCAUGCCUAGUUGGGGGAUCCCACCUGCAGAUGAUCAUUGACUCAGGAUCGCGGUACAAUCUGAUAAGCCACGGCGAUUGGCUGCGAUUGAAUCGUAAACAGGCGACGGUGUUUAAUAUUCGCACCACUUCGGCUACCCAGUUCAAAGCUUAUGCGUCGGACGAGACGCUGAGAGUGGUUAACGUCUUUGAAGCCCCGAUUAGAGUUCAAGAAAGACCAGAAAUUAUUGCCACAUUUUAUGUAAUCGAAAAUGGGAGACAAUCGUUACCGGGUCGAGACACAGCCGUGCAACUCAACGUCCUAAAACUUGGCUUAAACGUAAAUAGAGUGGAAGCUCACACAUGUUUUCCCAAAUGGAAAGCAUCACCUGUGAGACUGGCCAUUGACCACAAUGUGAGACCAGUGCAGCAGCCAAUGCGCAGAUUCCCGACUGCGUUAGAGGACCAAAUCGCAGAAAGGAUAAACCAGGCGGUGCAGCAAGAUAUCAUAGAACCAGUUCGUGGACCGAGCCCAUGGAUUUCGCCAGUGGUAGCUGCAUUUAAAGGGAACGGAGAAAUAAGGCUAUGUCUGGAUAUGCGAAGAGCGAAUCUAGCCAUCUCAAGAGAGAAUCACCCACUGCCAACAUUCGACAUGUUUAUGACCAAGCUUCGAGAGGCAAAAUACUUUUCUAGGCUGGAUCUGAGAAAUGCCUAUCACCAAUUGGAGCUCGACGAAUCGAGUCGGCAGAUCACUACAUUUAUUACACACAAGGGACUAUUUCGUUACAAAAGAUUAUUCUUUGGGGUUAACUCGGCCCCAGAAAUAUUCCAGAGGCGGCUGGAAGAAUUGCUAGUAGGCUGUUCAAAUGCUCUUAACUAUAUUGACGAUGUCAUCGUUUUUGGCAAAAACGAGGAGGAGCACGACAAGGCACUGAAAGCAGUUCUGAAAAUCUUUGAUGCCCACAACGUGGUGCUGAACGAACAGAAAUGUGUGUAUAAAACUAAUAAACUCAAAUUCCUAGGUCACAUUCUGUCGGACCAUGGUAUUGAAGCGGAUCCAGAGAAGGUAAAAGUGAUCGCAGGCUUCCGGGCCCCGAAAACUAAGGAGGAGACAAGAAGUUUUCUAGGUCUCGUAACAUACGUUGGGAAAUUUAUACCAGAUCUAGCCAACACGACUGAGCCAUUGAGAAGAUUAAUAAAGGCAAACACCACAUUCGAAUGGAGCGUCAAGGAACAACGAGCUUUCGAUAUCUUGAAGAAGCAAGUCGUCGAAGUAACAAAUCUGUCAUAUUUUAAUAAAAAUUUUCGUACGUGUCUCAUAGCCGAUGCAAGCCCGGUGGCAUUGGGAGCCGUUCUAGUGCAGAUUGAUGACAGCAACGUGCAUCAUAUCGUAUCGUUCCCCAAAAAAGGGGUACCAAAGUCACUAACCAUAUCGGAAAUCAUGGACAAAAGUAUGCAGGACGAGGAAAUAAUUGAUACAAUGACCUGCCUUAGCACCAACUCAUGGGAGGCAAACGCAUCCAGUCCAUAUUAUCCAUUCCGAUGGGAGCUAUCGGCAGUUGGCAAUGUACUUUUACACGGAACCAAAAUAGUCAUACCAACAAUGCUACGAUCUCAAGUGCUCGAGCUAGCCCACGAGGGUCAUCCGGGCGAAUCUGCUAUGAAACGGAGACUACGACCGAGAAGCAGAAAGUUUUGUCAAGGCCUGUAG